AUGAAUUACUUAGAUAUGGAUUUUGCUUUCCUAUUUUGUGUAGUGAGGUCUUAUAUUUUGAUUAUGCUUAUUGGAGCAUCUGCAGGCGCCAAUAAUACAACAUGCCUAUUUCAAUCUUUGUAUCAGUUUGGUGAUUCAAUCUCGGACACUGGGAACUUGGUUCGAAUACCACCUUUCGGCCCCUUUCUUCCCGCUGCUCGCCAGCCUUACGGUCGAACUUUCCCUGGGAAGCCGACUGGCCGAUGGUCCGAUGGCCGACUCAUCAUUGAUUUUACAGCUGCUUCGGUUGGGCUUCCACCGUUGAAUCCUUACCUGAAAAAGUAUGCUUCUUUUGAAAAUGGUGUAAAUUUUGCGGUUGCUGGUGCUACAGCGCUCAACAUGUCUUUCUUCACAUCGAAAGGCAUAAUUGUUCCGCUAAGUGUUGGCUCCCUUGCCCGUCAGCUAACU